GCGCCGUGCUGUAAAUCCCUGCGUGACUAACGUUAUUUAACAGCGAGGGAGGUUCAAGAGCUAACGUUAAGUUACACAAACCUAAAACAUCUUUUUGGAUUUAUUAUGUGUUGAAUUCACCACACCAGUGUUUAAAUGGCGAACGCUUGUGCCAUCUUCACUAACGUUACCUCUUAAGUUACUCUUCUGUAAGCACUAACGUUAUGGCAUCAGGAGCCAUGUCACCCACUUCAGACAUUUAGCUAACGGUAGCGUCAGCUUCGCUAACGUUAAGAGGUUCCUAAAGUCCUUAACGGGAGAAUAUAAAACUACACGAAGCCGCCAGAGAGAAGGUUCACGUCCCAGUGGCCUUUAAGUAGACAAAGCGAUGCCAGGCAGUUGUAAAGAAACCAAAAUACAAUAUGAACUACCUGCCAGAUGACAACUCCAGGUACAAAGAUGUUGAUUACUGGGAUGAAAGAUACAAGACAGAGCCGUGUUAUGACUGGUUGGGUUGCUUCUCCAAAUUCCAGCACCUUCUGGAAAACCACAUCAAGAAAGAAGACUCUAUUCUGAUACUUGUCUGGAAAAGAAGAGCUGUUGAGAGUCUCAGCAGUCCUCCUCACACUGCAGGUUGUGGAAAUAGCAGUAUGAGUGGCGACAUGUACAGUGCCGGCUACCACUCCAUCACCAACAUGGACUACUCCUCAGUGUGCAUCAGUACAAUGAGUGCAAGGUACAGCGACUGCCCGGGUAUGACCUGGCACCAGAUGGACGUGAGCCAGCUCUCCUUCCCUGAUGCGUCUUUCGAUGUCAUCCUAGAGAAAGCCACGCUGGACUCCAUCAUGGUGGAAGAGAAGUCACCAUGGGAGGUGUCCCAUCAGACCGCCUGUUUCAUUCACAAGGCACUCGCAGAGAUUAGUCGCUGCUUGAAGCCUGGAGGACGGUUCGUCUCUGUAACCUUCGCCAACCCCCUCUUCCGGAAACGCCUCUAUGCUCGCACCAUGUACAACUGGUCAAUUAAGAAGUACAGUUAUGGAGAAGGCUUUCAGUAUUUUGUGUAUGUCAUGACCAAAGGAGAGGAGCUUAGCCAAGAAGAUGCAGCUUUGGAGAAAAAGCUACUGGAAGACGCCAAACCCCCACCUACCGCAGUCACCACAACAAAAAAUGAGGAUAAGGAAGACUACUUGUCUAAUAUUGACUUGUAAAAUAACUGGAUUAUCAAAAAGAGUCUUAGAAAUACAUAAUCCCUCAGAGAUCUGUAAGUAAGAUCUUUAUCGGAUAAUGACAUCAGAGAGUCAAAUUUCCCAACCCUCCCAAAUACAACAGAAAUUCCCUCUGUUACCCCAAAUUUUUGAAAUGUGUCGUUAUUAUGUGAUUUUUAUAAGAAUUAGCUUCAAUAUAUCUUUUGGUCUGGGCGUAGAUGUUCUUUUGGACAUGUGUGAGGAAUGAUAAUAGUGGACUCUAUACUGGAUUUAGACUACACACCACCAGGGACAAAUAUAUACGUGUGUGUGUGUGUGUGUGUGUGUGUGUGUGUGUGUGUGUGUGUGUAUGUAUAUACACACCUCGGGCUAAAUAUGUAAACUGUAAAUUCACUUGAGAAAUUGUUAAGAUAAGACAACAAGAUGAGACACAGUAAGAAACUUGAACCACCAAGAAAAAAACAUGUUUGAGACUGCUGAAAAGAUGACAUGUGGUAUUUAUUUAUAUGAAUAGACUGUUUACACAAUUUGCAUAGACAAAAUGGUUCCCUAAACAUGGGAAGAGGACAAAGUGAUUGUGCCAAAUCAAAGAAAUUAAUAAAACUUACCCUAAAGAACAACCUAAGUCCAGUGAUUUAAACAAAAAGUCACCUACGUGUGUGAAAAUGUAGACUACCCAAAUUUACCUUCCCCCAUGACUAAUCAUGGUUUUUCUUCUGUAUGUGUCAUCAUUUUCUGAAGCUGCUACUGUCACUGUUCUAGUGCAGUUCACAAUAGAAACCUUUAUCUUUUUAUAAAGCAAUUUUACAUGCCAGUAUCCUUAACUGUUAACCUAUACAGUACAUCAGAAAGAUCCGGCAGUCUCUAAUUCUGUGGUACAGAACAAGCCUGCCAGUGUUACACAAUUUGCAAGACAAACUGGCAUGUCUAGACACAGACACAGCAGCAUCGGCCUGCAUGUAAAAUCUGUGUUUAAGUCUAUUAAUAUGUCAGUCAGAUUCUCCCUUUCUGUUGGGGCUGUCUGCAUCUAUCUCAUGUCUGCUUUAGAUUUCAGGCAGAAGUUGCUAAUAGUGAUACGCAGUGUUUUGACACACCUGCCAAGCACACUGGCGCUUCAUGUGGGCAAAUACACAUGUACAUACAAGUAGUACCCCUGCGUGCUGUUUGUUGAGGAAACAUGAGAUGAGCCUUGGGUCCUGUGCUCUCUGCUGCUUAAAUAUAGACCAGAAAGGAGAGAGAGAGAGACAGAGCCAGGAGUGAAGACAGGCAGGAAGGCUGGUGACUGGAGGGGGGACCACAUUGAUAAAGCAGAAAUCAUUUAUUUUUAAUUCUCCACUGAGAUCUAAUUACCGCCUAUUUUUAAGACUUGGGAAGGUGUGUGAUUUUUCAGACGGCUCGUCUUUCAUUCAGUGAUUUUCAUGGUAGUUUGUUUAACUUUGAUGUUGUCUCAAGGCAAGGUCUAUUUAGUAGCUGCUCUGGAGCUUUUGAUCAUAUCACACUGUCUUCCGGAGCAGAUGGAGAUUGCCCUGUUGUCAUGGAAUUGACUCUUUGCUGAACCCUGCCCCCUUUGGUUAGUGUUGUACGCUUGUCAAGCUUUGUGUGCUCACAAGACACAUUAUGCACUCUUAAAGGAUAAUGGCUACCACAUGAUAUUUAACAAUGAGUCCUUGAUUUCAGUCAGAAAUCAACAAAAGCGGCUUUUCAUUCCUAUCUGGCGGCCAAUGAUUUUGGCAGCUGAAAUACCAACUGAUUUUUAUCAGCUGUACAGUAGCUAGUUAGCCAAUUAAGCUAACAUUAACUCCAUGAUGUUGGUUAAAAAGGCUGUCCCCUCCUGACCUUUUAAUGUUUCAAGCUGACUCAUUUUUAUAAUGUGAAUUUUGUUAUCAAGGUUUUAAUCAUGUACUUGAUGACUACAUUCCUGUUAUCAUGCUAAAAGACUCAGGCUAAACCUGCAUGCAGGCUAAAAGUCUGCAUCCUCACCAGUUAAUAAUCCAUGUAGAAGUCAUGGAUGUAGAGCUAGUUAGUGCCAAGAUCAGACUUACUUUGUUCUAACAUAACCCUGCUUUUCAGCUGAUCUUACACACAACAUUACACAGAGAAAAGCCUUUAAGGAAGAGCACUAGCUGAUGUAAAUAGCAUCCAGGUCCCACUUCCUCACAAUGGACAAAUGCUAUACAGUGCAUGUGCUAGUUCAUGUAACCUUCAAUCCCACAAACUAAUGUAGUUAGUUAAUGAAGUGAUCAUUGAUGAUCUCAAAUACAGAUAAACUUGAAGUAUCUUAGUUCUGCCAAAGCACGCUAAACUCAUUUUUACGAUGAACUUCCUUGAGAUGGUGGAAACUGAGGGAUCGACACUGAAAAUAUACCCAGUUCUUUGACAAGGUCUUUUCUCAAAUCAUUAGGCUCAAUAGUUAUGCCUUUUAUCGGAGGCUUUAAAGCUCUUUUGUUGGACCUAACUGAAUCCAAACUGUUCUUAGACUUUGUAAAUAUAUUUCCUGAACAAGUUAAUUAUGGCCCACACACUGAAAAAUGUCUGGGAGGAGGAGCUGGGUGCACAGAUUGGGGAUGAGGAUGGCCUUAGCAGCACCAAAUCUUGUUCUAUUAAUGCCAGGCAUCAACUAAUCCAAUUCACGGUGAUGCUCAGACGUAUUGUUAAAAAACUGAAGUGCACAGAAUCUUUCCUAUCAUUUCCUCUCUAUCUGAUAGAUGUAGAUGUCUGUCUGACCCACCUUUUCUGGACAUGCCCAAAACAGUUAUAGGUUUUUGGUGCGACAUAUUGAAAUGCAAACAGUUUGAGAUUGAUCGUUAAUUUUUGACCUUGGAAUCAGCAGUUGACCAAACAAUCUCACCACAAGGUCCAUUUAGGCGCUGUUUGGUUCUGUGACUGGGCCAUCUCCACCCACUGAGGAAGAUCAAGUGAUGCGAUUGAAAGCUCCAGAACAGCUACUACUACUACUGUUAGCAAAGUGAAGAAUAAGCUUUUUGAUCUGUUGUGCUGAAAGAUAUACAAUGUUCAGAUUUUCAUCUUUGUGUGUAUUUUAUACUACCGUUACUUAGUUACACUAACUAAAAAAAAUAGUUUUUUCCCCCGUUAUGUACACACACUGUUGCACAUAUUGAAAUGUAUCACUGUCAGUAAGUGAUGAUCUCACAAACAGCCUGGCACCUAUUAGGCUUUGCAGGGUGAAUGACAGGAGGGUGCUUAUGUAAGUAGCAGUGGGUUUGAUAUUGAUAACAGAGGGGCUUAGGGGUGCAGACUACUGCAGCACUGGGGGACACUCAGUGUGGAUGGAUGGAGGCUGGGUUGGUCCCUGCUCAUGGAGAGUUUUGCUCUAUUUUCCCCCUAAAACCUGAUGACAUUUUCAUCACUUUCACCUCAGUCCAUUCUUCCAUUUCUGCUCUGUCAAUAUAUUAAGUUCAGCAGUCCUUACAUUUGGUUUUUGCAGCUCCCGUAGUCAGACUGACUGAUGUGCAACGGCAGAUAACCCGACAGUGAGAUUUAACUUGACUGGACUUAAGUUAUAUAGCCACAGAGCAGGGCAUGGGCCUCAUCCAGGAGAGCUUUAGUCAUCAAUUUCUCUUAAAGCCCUUUCGUCUUGUGUGUAGUUUUGUUUCUUCAGCAGAUCACCUGAGUCAUCCAGGCGUGUGAGGCCAUGAUUUAAUAUAGAGAGCUGCGCAUUUAUGUGUGUGUGAGAUAGUACAGCCAGAAUAUUUUAUCCUGCUGCUAAUUGUCCUCCAUGCUCUGUUGCCCAAGGGCAACAACAACACUAAUCUACUGCAUGCUCAAUGCCUUUCUCUCAAUCUGUCUGUAUUUCUGUCUCUCCUUUUUUUCCUCUCCCAGUCACUCUUCUCACCACCACCCUGCCCUGUCUGUCUGCAUCGACUGGCCCUGAGUGCUUUGGUGUGUGGGCGAUAUGUAAGAGCUCAUGCAAGUCAAAAGGUCGACUGCAUGCUUUAUCCAAAGAUCUCUGGGUUUCAACUGCCACAUUGCGUGUGUUUAGACUGAAUCACGACACAGCACUGCUGACUUACUGCAGCGACUCUGAAAGUCUCCUCAGUGAUUCUUAAAGGGAAAUCCUGGUUUCUUACAAGCAAUCUCCUAUUUUUGUAGUUUUGUUCUGGGAAUGCAGCAACAUUACUAAAAAUACAUCCAAUGGGGCACGAAACACAAUCAGUUAGACAAUCAUACAGGUUUCAAACAAACCUCCUGGUAAGUCAAAUUUAUUUGGAAGAUAAAACAAAGGCAAACUGCAAAAUUAUUACCCAAACUGCCUGUGGCAAACAUCUGAGACUCUCCUUGAAAAAUGAGUAAAACUCUCUACAGGUAAUAGAAAACCAGCCUACUGUGUUUAUUAUUUCACCUCUGUUUAGUUUUGGCAAAUUGUGUUUUGAACACUGCAAACGAAUUCAAAUGUAACACGACAUCCAUUGUGAAUAUUCAUAAAAAAACAUUUUAAUAAAUCAGCCUUUAAAACCA